AUGGCAGGAGACUUGAAUUUGAAAAAGUCAUGGAACCCAGCCUUAGUGAAAAACCAACAGAAGGUAUGGGAGCUUGAACAGAAAAAACUAAAGGAACUCAAAGAAUCAAAGGAAAAGAAUGCUGAAUUCAAGAAGGAACAGGAAUACUUGGACCUUUUGAAACUACAGUAUGGUGAAAAUUUCAGCAAGGACCAGCUAUCAAGCAAUGAAAAGUUGAGAGUAUCCAAGUUGAAUUGGAUGUAUGAGGAUGUCCCCUUUGAGAAGCAAGAGACUGAAAUGUUGAAUUCAGGUGGAUUCAUUGAAACCACGGCCGAGUUUACUGAGGGCAAGACUGAAGCAGAAAACUUGCUAAGUGGCAAUCGUGCAUUUAAAAAGCAUGAUUCCAAAGGCUUUUCAAAUGAUAGAAUGAACAAAGUGAUUGGCUUGGGUCUGAAGAAGCCUAGUGCAAACAGUUAUGGCGAUGAUCCGUUGGCACUUAUUCAGAAGCAACAAAUACAGCAUCGCAGUCAGAACCAUAAGAGUAAGCUGAAUAGACAAGCAGGCAGGUCUUUCAAUGAUGCUUCAAAGUCAUUAGAUAGCGGAGAUCAAGAUUAUGACAAGUCAAAAUAUCGUUCUUCCCACAGACCAAGUUCUUCAAGUGGCCGUCAUAGACACCACAGCUCACGAGACGGAAACGGCCGAUACAGCGAUGAUACACACGAAUAUAGGCAUGUGAUGUUGCCCAAGAAUAUGCUCAAAGUGAUACCUCAGGACUAUUUCAACCCAGAAACGGGAACAUUGAGGAUAUUGCUUGAAGAGGAGUGGAGAGGAUUGGGAAUUACGCAAAGUUUAGGAUGGGUGCAUUACGAAACACAUGCGCCUGAGCCACAUAUAUUGUUGUUCAAGAGGUCAAUCAACUACGGGCAAUGA